AUGGACGAAGACGAUGAGUUCGGAGAUCUCUAUUCCGACGUCCUCCAGCCCUUCCAACCUCCUCCUGCCGCUCUUCCGCCUCCGCCUCCUCACCGUUCAAUCGACCUCAACCUCCGAUCCCAGGAUCAGGAUGUGGCAGAAGCUAAUUCAGCUCCCGCCGCUAGGGUUUCCGACAACGACGCCUCCAAAUUAUCCAUUAGUAUCUCUCAGGGCGCGAAUCGCCAAGCAAUUGGCGAAGGUGGCGGCGACGACAAGGACAUGAGCUUCGAUAUCGAAGAACCCGAUGCCGAUUCUACGCCUGCGAUUCCUGGCCUUUUCGUCUCCGCUUCUGAAGCUGCAGCGCGUCCUGGCUUGGCGACAGAUCGAGGCGUUACGCAAGGUACGGUGAAAAUUGAGCAGGUUAACGAUGGAGGCGGCGGAGGCUACGGAGGAGAAGGAGAUGAUUGGGAUAGCGACAGUGAAGACGAUCUGCAGAUAGUGUUGAAUGACAGUAGCCGCAACGUCAUGAUCGGAGCUGACAGAAGAUCAAGGAUGGGAGACAACGAGGAGGACGACGACGACGAUGAUGAAGAGCCGCUUGUUAUAGUGGCCGACACGGAUCCGAAUCAGCCUAUGGAGGAGCAGAUGUGGGGAGAAGAUGGACUGCAAGGUGUCGACGGAGACGGCAAAGACGGAGGAGAAGCCGGGAAGGGGAGUGGACCAGGUGGCCCGGCCAAAGCUGGGUAUAGCAGUCAUGGGUAUCAUCCGUUUCAUUCUCAGUUUAAGUAUGUAAGACCGGGGGCAGCCCCCAUGCCUGGAGGUGCUGCAUCAACUCCCGCAGGCCAAGUUCGUCCACCCGCAAACCUUGGUCCUAUGGCUGGUCGUGGCAGAGGAGAUUGGCGUCCAAUGGGAAUGAGGAAUGCUGCUCCUGCACAGAAAGGCUUCCACCAGACUUGGGGUAGUAAUGGAGCAGGGCGAGGACUGGACUUUACUCUUCCCUCUCACAAGUCUAUAUUUGAGGUCGACAUAGAGACUUUUGAGGAUAAGCCCUGGAGACAUCAAGGAGCUGAUAUCACAGACUACUUCAACUUUGGACUGAAUGAGGAGAGCUGGAAAGACUAUUGCAAACAGCUGGAUCAACACCGAGUAGAGACUACGAUGCAAAGCAGAAUACGUGUUUAUGAAAGUGGUCGAACAGAUCAGGGUUAUGAUCCAGAUCUUCCCCCAGAGUUGGCUGCAGCAACAGGGGCUCAGGGUGUUCCUGUUGAUUCUUCAAAUUUAAUCAAGCUAGAAACUGCUCAAGGUGAUUCAGCUAAAGUGCCAGCUCAGGGUCGACCUUCAUUACCCCCUGGAAGACCAAUACCUGUGGAGACUGGUUCUGGUGAGCGUAUGCCAUCCGCUGAUUCACGUGCUCCUCGGAUGCGUGAUCUAGAUGCUAUAAUUGAGAUCGUAUGUCAGGAUUCGCACGAGGAUGAGCCCUCGGGUGAAAAUGGCACAGAACAAGCUGAAAGUAGCCUUCCUGGAGAAAACGUUCCAGUUGAGACCGACAGCAGGAGACCAGACACGGAAUCUGCUGAACAGAGUCCUGCCCAGGGUGAGCCAAGUAGAAGGAAUCUCAAAAAGCAAGAUGAUGAGAUCUCUAGAAGCACGGACAGUGGCCAGAGUUUUCGUUCGUCGUCUCCUGUUGGAGACAGAGGCACAAGGUCAUCAAGUGUUGAUCGUGAAGAUGUGGGAGGUGAAGCUGGCAAAGAUGCUGAGAUGGAGGAGGAGCAUAAAAAGAGUUCUGCAGUCCCUCAGUUAACAGUUCAAGAAGAUGAUGGAGGAGAGUUAAAGACAGAUAGAAGUAGUGAAAGCAGCAAAGCAAGAUCUGGAAGUCAUAGAGAUUAUCAGCAAUUAAAGGAUGGUGCAGAAGAGGAAGUAAUUCAAGAUAAGCAUUCUGCUCGACCGGUUAGCAAUAGAAAACAGCACGAUAACAGUGCACCCCAUCAAAGCAGAAAGAAUCAAGACAGAGGGAAGGAAAUGGAAAGAACUCGAGCCACGAGCAAAGGUGCUAGAUUGUACUCUAAUCCUCAUAUGGAGGUCGAUUCUUGCUAUAUUUACUCAGCUGCAAGCGGUGAGGGUUUUGAUAAAAGGAAACAGCGAGAUGUUGAUGGUGGGGUCUGGCGCAGGAAAGAGGAUGACCCAUUCAGUAGAAGAGGUGAGGAUGAAGGGUCUCGAAAAAGGGAUCGUGAAGAUGAUCUGGGAUCUAGGCAGAGGGGUAAAAUGCGAGAGAGUGAAAUACGCAGCAAAGAUGAUCAUGUUCCUGCGAGAAAGCAUUGGGAUGAUGGUGGUUUGAGAAAUAUUCACGAACUGGAAGAUCAUCUCAGCAAGAAGAGGAAGGAUGAAGAGUACUUGAGAAGAAACCGCUCUGAAAAGAAUGAAAUCCAAUAUGGCCAAAGAGAAUCAGUCAGCCGCCUGAAACGAGAACGGGGUGAUAGGUUGGACCAUCAAAAGAGAGAUGUCCAACAUAAAACCAGAGAUGAUUUUAACGACCACGGGUCUCUCAGGCACAGAGAUGAUUUCUACAUGCAGAGAGAUGGGAAUGAGAGGUUUAGAGAGCGUGAGGAUUUGGAUAAACUGAAACCAACUCACGAGGAUGGUUUACCACCUCGAGGAAGAGAGAGGCAGGUGGCUGCAAGGGGCCAUAGAGGUUCAGAAGACCGAUCAUCGAGGAUGAUGGAAGAGAAUAAAGGUUCUGAGAAAGAGCAUCUCACCAAAGAUGCAACAAGGCAUACUAAACAGACGAAGAGAAAGGAACACCCUGGUGAAGAAAGUUCUUCCCAUCACAGAGGACAUGAAGACUUCUCUGCACGCACAGAUGAUAAUGUUAACAACGAGAAAAAAUCAAGGCAGGAGAGGGCAGGUGCUAAAAGUGACAAGGUUACCGAUUCUUUGGAUGGCCAUCGAUUGCAAGACAGAAAACAUAAAGAUUCUAGACGAAAGACUAAAGAACAACGAGAGGGCACAGACUCACUGAGGAACAAGCAAGGAGAACAAAAUGGCAGUUCCGAAGUGACAGGAUCAAAAGGAACCAACGAAGUAAGAAAUUCCAGGAGUGAGAUCCCACAACAGCCUAACGCCACCAAAAGACCCAGAGAGAAUGCUUCCUCCGGCGAUGAGCUACAAGAUACGAAGAGAGGACGUACGAAAUUGGAGCGAUGGGCAAGCCACAAAGAGAGAGAUGAUGCUGUCACUGCCAAGCCAUCGUCCACUUCUUCAAAACUUCAAGAGAAGGAGAAAGGCACUAACGGCCGAGUGAGCGAACCUGUUCAUGCUUCUAUUGGCAACAACCGGGAUGUAACUGAAGAGAAAAGUGGCCAUGACCUUGCAGAGACCAAAGAUGGAAGCGAGAAAGGACCAGGAGACCGGCACUUGGACACGGUUGAGAAACUCAAGAAACGCAGUGAAAGGUUUAAGCUUCCAAUGCCCACGGAGAAAGACACCACGGGAGUAAAGAAAAUGGAGUCUCAGACGCUGCCUUCUGCAAAAAUUGAAGGCCCUGUGGAUUCAGAGGUGAAAGCAGAGCGGCCAGCAAGAAAAAGACGGUGGACAAGUAACUGA